UUUUUUUACCGUUUAUUCAUCAACUUGGUUCGUUGACUAGUUAAACAGAACCGAGAACGCGAGUGGAGUUGAAAACUCUAUUUAAAGCUUCCAGUGUCAAGGCUUAAGAUAUGUAACCCAGCUCCGAGCUCUGUCGUCAUUUUGCUCUUUCUUUAAAAUACGUGCCUGCAUCUCAAAAGCAGUUCUAGCUCGUCUUCUCUUUCUUCAAUUACUCCCUUGUUAAAUUGUUGCCGAAAUGCUAUCGAUCAACAUCCCUUCCUACUCCGACCCGUCCGGGUACAUACUUUCCGAGCUACCAGAACCGGAAAUCACCGACUCAAAAGACGUGAUCAUCAAGGUCCAUGCGGCUAGUGUGAACCCAGUUGAUCUGAAAAAGGCAGAAGGUGUUCUAAAAGCAGCACUCAAAGACACGUUCCCCUACAAGAUUGGAUACGAUUGUGCCGGCAUAGUGACCAAAACUGGGCAAAGUGUAACGCGGUUUAAACCCGGCGAUGAAGUAUACGUUCGAUUACCAGAGUCGCAUCGGGGAGCGUGGAGUGAAUAUGCUAAAUGCCCGGAAGAAUUCAUUGCUCUGAAGCCACCAUCUCUGUCAUUCGAGAGCGCAGCCGCCAUUCCACUGGCAGCAACAACGGCCUUCCAGGCUCUACAGAAGUAUAAUGGUGACCUUGCAGGGAAGACUGUAUUUGUGCCUGCAGGACUAGGUGGGACGGGUCUAUAUGCAUGUCAAUUAGCAAAGCAUGUUUUCCAUGCCGGCAAGGUGAUCACGACGGUGUCAACGUCUAAAAUCCCUAAAGUAGACGAACUGUUAGGAAAGGGAACUGUUGACGAGAUCAUCGAUUACACGAAGUCUGAACCAAAGGAUGCUAUUCCACACGGCUCAGUUGACUUUCUAUUCGAUACUGUCGGCCUUGCCAUGGAGUAUCUAUGUCUGAUGCGGCCGAAAACCAGCCGGAUUAUCUCGAUUUCUACCUUGCCAUCGGGAAAUCUACUACAGAACUCGUCGGUCAUGAGACUUCCUCAUCGCCCGACUCUACCCUUCAUCUACAAACAAGCUUUAAAUCUGCUUGAUGCCGCCCGUAAGCUACGUGCACGACGGUACGGCGUGGAGUACUCAUAUAUGUUCCUGGAGCCUAGUGGGAAGGACCUGGAUCUCUUACGCGAAUAUGUCGAGAAGGACCAGUUGAAGCCAGUGGUUGGCACUACGGCUAAUAUGUGGGACAUUGAGGACGUGCGAAAAGCCUGUCAGGUUGUGUACAGCAAUCGCGGUGGUCUGGGGAAGGUGGUUAUCAAAGUUGUCAAGCCAGAAAGUCCGCAAUAGCCUCACCCCACCUCGUAGUGGUUAUUCUCAGGCAUGACUCUUAGAUGCCUUUUCUGGUCUCUCGUUUGGGGUUAUUCAUGUUCAUUAUAUACUAUAUUAAUAUGUUAAAGGACGUACCACCUAAUCUAUAUGUUUUGGAUCUUGCUGUCAUCCUUGCCAUCAUCGGUAGAGAAGUCCUUGAAGAAACAGUAUUCAACCAUCUUUUGGAGGUUAGCAAAAUAAUCCUGGUCCUCCGGCACCAUUUCCUCGUUGCACGAGCUUUUGUAUCAAAUUCGCAUAACCCAUUAUCAGUUCGCACAGAUGAACACUACAUGGAUAGCAGUCAUGGCAUGCUACUUACUCCAUAAGCGAUCGCCUAACAGCAGGUGGCAAUUUAACUAUGGACAUCGUCCGGAGAUGAUAAAUUUAUGAAUUCAUCUUAGAGAUCCAGGUUAAAAAAAAUAGUAUUAUCUUCAUCACUUUUCAGCAGAUUCUCCACAAGGGAGUGUUCGCGUGCAACGAAGGGCCCAAGCCAGGGCAGUGGCCUCGCAAGGCACCCCCGAUUGGGCUAGCCAAAGACCCAAGCCUGGGGAAGCUCAAGGCCGGCCCCGGGGAUAGAAUGAUUUUAACCUAGGUUAUCGGAGGAUUUAAC